UCCUGACCUCAUGAUCCACCCACUUCAUACUCCCAAAGUUCUGGGACUACAGGCAUGAACCAUCGCGCCUGGCCCAUAUUCCCUUUAUAUCCUUACUCUAUAAACUUUUUCUAUUUAUUUAUUUUUAUUUUAUAAAUGUUUUGUUAUAAAGACACAGACACACACAUUAGCCUAGGCCUGCACUGGGUCAGAAUCAUGAAUAUGACUGCCUUCUACCUCCAAGCCUCAUCCUACUGGAAGCUCUUCGUGGGCGGUAACGUGAAUGGAGCUCGUGUCUCCUAUGAUAACGGUGUUUUCCUCUGGAAUACCUGCUGAAGGACCUACCUGAGGCUGUUUCACAGUUAACUUAAAAAAAAAAAUACAAGAAGUGCACUCUAAAAUAAUGAUAAAAGGUGUUGUAUGAAAAUACUACACAAUAGGAAUUUUUUGACUCUCUUGUAAUUUUGUAGGACCACUGUUGUGUACGAGGUCUAUCAAUGACCAAGGUGUUCCUCUGGGGCACGUGACUGCAUGUGACUUUUAAAAGCAGCAAAGCAAGGCUUUGAAAUAACUUCAAGCAUCAAAAAUGAAAGAAGGAAACAUUAAAAAAUCUAGCCUGUUUUACAGUGUUCUAAGCCAGUGUUUUCAACAUCGAUUAUCAGAUUAAUUCUCACAGCGGCCCCCAGACUUAGGUAUGGACUUGAACUUUGUACCCCACUUACAAAUGAGGAGGCGGAGGCGAGGGAAGUGAAGAGACUGUUUCUACCUGGGAGUGGAGGGGGCCAGCAAGGGACCAGGCUUCUGGCUGUGGUGACGGGGCUGCUGCCAUCAACAUGCCUACCCCUUAAAGCACAAUGUCAAGACUAACCAACGAUGGGGCAGGGCGAAUUGUUGGGCAGCCUGAGACCUGUAUGUGAGUGGGACAGACAGCAGAGGGGGUGCCUGGGGUUCCUGACCCCCCCUUCCUCUGGCUAAAGCAGAGAAAGGGCUAGACACAGGCAGCAUCCACAGAGAGGCUACCUGGUGCCUGGACUUGCUCCUGUGGCUUUUUCUUUUUUUGAGACGGAGUUUCACUCUUAUUGCCCAUACUGGAGAGAAAUGGUGCCAUCUUGGCUCCACAGGGUCAGAGAGCCUGUCAAAGGUCCUUGGUAUUUCAGGCUGCCUUCACUCCCCCUUCUCACUCAUUCUGCCCCUUUUUGGAAGCUCAGAGCUCCCCAAGAAAGGAAUGCAGGCCUGGGGACUCUGGGUUAAGAAGGCUCAGACGGAAGGCCCAAGCUGUCUCAGGAAUUCACACAGAGGCUGGCAGGAGGGAAAAGACAGGCCACUUGGGCUCACAAGGUUGAGGGUCCAGGUAUCAGGAAAGGGGAGGGAGCAUGCGGCUUUGAACACACGCUUGAGUGGUACCUCAGCAUCUCACCCUGCCCAGGUAGCACCGUUUUGCAGUAUCGCCUCCAGUCUCUCUGGAUAAGGUCUGCAUUGCCUGAGCCCCUUGUCAGAGCACCUCCAAUGUAUGGGCAGUGGCUAUGUCAUCAGUGCCCUGAAGGAUAAGAUGUGGCCCUGUGGUGAGUGUGGGAAGACAGCCCUAGCAAGAAGCGAAGAAGGCACAGGCCUUCCCUACACUUGGGUGUCUCACAGGGUCCGUUUGGCUGAAGUGUGAAGGAGGAGUGAGUGUUGCAGGGAAGAAACCUCCCCUGGAUGCCUGGCAGUGCAGGGUAACGGACAGAGCUCUUGAGGGUGAGAUGCACCAGGAUCCCUUGCAUCAUGGGGAACUUAUUUAAAAAUGCAGAUUAUGGGCUGUCCUCUGAGAUUCUGGUUCAGUCGUCUGGGACGGGGCCUAAGCAUCAGUGUUUAAACAUGUUCUCCGGAUGAUGCUGAUGCACGUGGUCUCUGGACCACUCUUGCGGAUCCCUUGACUAAAAGGUUAGCCUGACUUGCCCACAGCCAGAUAGAACUACACAGGCUCCAGAAUAUGUCCUCGUACCGACACCGUCUCAUCUCUGGUCUAGAAGCCCAGUUGAGGCGCCCAUAUAAUCCACAGCAAACAGGCAUCUCCUCAUUCUCCCAGAUGCUACUGAGAUGUCUCCCUGGGAGACAUGGCCAGGCGUCGUCAUGGCCUGCAGGGAGCAGUUGUCGAAGAAUCGGGUCAGGUGGGGGUUGGCUGGCAUUACCUGUGUUUCUGUGGUGGUCAUGGCUGCGGUAGUCCUUGCCAUCACCCUGCGGCGGCCAGGCUGUGAGCUGGAGGCCUGCAGCCCCGAGGCCGACAUGCUGGAUUACCUGCUGGGCCUGGGUCAGACCAGCCGCCGAGGUGCCCUGGAGGUCACCUGGUACCACGCAGCCAACAGCAAGGAAGCCACGACAGCUGCCCCAAACGGCAACAUCACCGUCCUGGAGGCUGACGUCAAUGUCGAAGGGCUCGGCACAGCCGAUGAGACAGGAGUUCCCAUCAUGGCACACCCCCUGGCUAUCCGUAGCUUCAACACACUGGAGCAGUGGCUGGACGGUAUGCCAGGCUCUUCCCAGAAGGGCAUCAAACUGGACUUCAAGAACAUCAAGGCGGUGGGCCCCUCCCUGGACCGCCUGUGGCAGCUGACAGAAGGGGGCAAAGUCUGGCGGCCCACGCGGAUCAACACUGACAUCUUAAAGGGCUCUGACAUGCCCAUCUCAACUGAGGUCAGUGCCACAGCGUUCCUAGCCCUCAUCCAGGAGAAGUAUCCCCAGGCCACCCUGUCUCCAGGCUGGACCACCAUCUACGUGCCCAUGUUCCCAAACAGGAUGUACACCCGAGCGAUGGUGGAGAAGAUGCACGAGCUGGUAGGAGUGGUGCCCCAGAGAGUCACCUUCCCUGUGCUGUCUUCCACGGUGCGAGCCACCUGGCCCCACUCCAGCUGGCUGCUGAGCCAGUCUGAGAGGUACAGCCUGAUGCUGUGGCAGGUCGCCUCGGACCCCAUGUCGGCAGAGGAUCUGCUCUACCUCUAGAACAACACUGCCAUCCAUCAAGUCUACUAUGACAUCUUUGAGCCUUUCCUGUUGCAGUUCAAGCAGCUGGCCUCUACUUGCAAACGUAACACGGGAGGCAGUCUGAUCCCUCUUCUCCAGUGGUUCGGGGGUGAUGGUCUUGAUGCUGCCAGGGGUACAGCAACAGUCACCCUCCCAGACACAGAAGGCACGAUCCUGCGGAACACUGUCGAGGGAACUGUGGCUGAGAACCCCGUGGCCACUGUUUGUGCUCCAAGUGGCAGCAUCCUGAGGUUGGAGUCCUGCCUGCAGCAGCUGGCCACACAUCCCGGACACUGGGGCGUCCAUUUGCAAAUAGUGGAGCCUGCAGCCCUGCGGCCGUCCCUGGCCUUGCUGGCAUGCCUCUUCAGCUUUGGCCUCUUGCAUCAGCCUGCGUGGAUGGGGGCCAAAAUCUCCCACAGGAGUUUUUCAGUCCCUGGUCACAUGGCUGGCAGAGAACUGCUUAGAGCUGUGGCUGAGGUCUUCCCCUGUGAGACUGUGGCACCAGGCUGGCCUGAGGAGGCGCUGGGCAGUGGCUACAAGGAACAGCUGUUCACAGAUAUGCUAGAGCUGUGCCAGGGGCUCUGGCAACCUGUGCCCUUCCAGAUGCAGGCCAGGCCACCGGGCCACAGCACGGCUGGAGCUGUAGCCAGGCUGCUGGCAUCCUCCCCCUGGGCCACUGUCACAGUGGAGCGCAGCCCAGCUAGGGGCGACUAUGCCUCUGAGAGGACAGUGCUGCUGGGAGCCAGGGCUGUGGACAGGACCCGAAUCUACUACAGGUUGCCCCAGCGGUACCACAAGGACUUGCUGGCAGAUGUUGGCAAAAACGGAGCACCGAGGGGUGGUGGCCAGUGGACCCAGGGUGGAGGCUGCCCGCGGGGAGGCAAGAAGAAAUAAAGGCCUUUGCCUUUCUCCAGGCAAAACAAAACAAAACAAAACAAACAGAAAAGGAAAGGUUAGAAACCGUGGUCUGGAUAUCUAGCUUAUUGUGUGUGGUCAAUAGAAGCUUUUUAAUAAAUGAAAAAUGUUUUACUCACCCCUGUCACUCCUUUGCUAGAAAAGACAACUUGGAGCUUCCAAGAGAACAGUCUGUCCCCUGGCUAUGUUUCAGAAACGCUCAUUCUGCUCAGUCCAGCUGCAGGGAAAAGGAUUGUUUCUAGAAGAAAGAGCCUACUUUACACAGCUGUAUCCAGGGAAGGCUGAGGGUUGCUCCCCAUGGCCCUCUGGUUCUCCCCCUGACUGUUUAUGAUCAGGCCCAUGUGCAGCUUCUGGGAUCCCUAACGAUGCCUGAUAUAUGGGGAGCUUAAGUGGCUACAUUUCAGGCUUCAGAUAUUAGCAGAGGACUCUUGCGCUGUCUGAAGACGAGCAGUUGAUGUAUUCCAUGUGCUGGAGUCUGCCAGCCCAUUAGAAUUUAAUUAAGCACAUUCUUUCCUGACAGCCUUCUGGUGCUCAGGAGCAAGAUGCUUUUGGCUUUUGGCUGCAAUUGGAACUCAUUCUUUCUCCCUUUUUUCCGGAAGCUCUCAGCGUCUCCUCUGCCUUCAGAGAACUCGUGGUGGUGUGCAUCAGGGUCACUCCUGGAGAUUCUGAGACAGCCGUCUUCCUCUCAGUCGUCCUCCAUAGGUGACUCUGAAUUGCUCUGAGGCCUAAGAACUGCUGACCUCUGUAGGUUAAUGAACCUCAAGCCAAUGCCUCCACUCUGGACCUCCCGAGCUUCAGACAUUUGCACCUUUCUGUCUUUCGGGCAGCUCCACCUGGAAUGUCUAAGAGGCACCUCAAGCUCCAAGUAGAUGUCCUAUAAGUUUUGGAGUCCUCACCUGCUGUAUUCAAUUCAUUCUAUUUAUUCCUUCUUCCAAAAUGUCUCUCAAUUCUCUCACCUCCUAAGGAAAAUUCUGCCUUUCGUAAACAAGGUCUAGUCACUGGAUGGAGGAGCUGUUUCUCUGAUUCACCCGAUUUCCCUUUCUCUUGAGAAUUUCUCCCUAACCAUUGCUCCCAUCUCAUAAAUAACUUAUAAUAACUUGGGUAGGGGCCUGUGACUUCCCCUGCACACAUGCAUGCUUCUUCCUUUAGUUUCCUCUAGCACAGCUGAGAUGAGGCUGGAAAACCUGACUGGAUUUGUCCCACUGGAGACUCAGUGAUAAGAGAAGGGAGAUCAGCACAGGGCGUACUGUGACACAGGAUACCUGGCAUUCCCCUGCUUUCCCUUCGAAGCCUGAAGGGCCUGCCUCACCGGAGCUCCCCCUGGCAUCCCUAUGGUGGGUACUGUCUUGGCACUUGCCAAGUUGAGUGUGUGCCCAGAACAGGUCUUCACCCAGAACAGCUGGAGCAAGGUCCUCUCCCUGCUUCCCUGCUUCAUUUCUGCUUCUCGUCAGAGCAUCCAUCUGGUUCUCAAACGGCUGGUGUUGGAUAUAACCACUCCCUUCAGAGGAGACCAUGCCUAUUCCAGGGCCAGGGCUGCAUAAGGUUCAGCAUUGCAACCAAACCAAAAUAUGACGUAGUGACCCCAAUUGUAAUGAUGAACUCACAUUACAGCCCCUGGCCAUGCCAUUGCCGCUGCCUUAGUUCCAGGCUUCAGUAGCUCUUGCCAACCGGUAGCAGAAGGCUCCCCUCCCGUUGUUGACCACAGCCAGUCUUCCCACAGUAGCUGGACCCACAAUCCUAAAACUACAGAAUAUCACCGGUUAGCAGUUCUCAAACUAUUUGGUCUUAGGAUUCUUUCACGCUAUAAAAAAUUACUGACGAGGUGGGCGGAUCACGAGGUCAGGAAAUCGAGACCAU